AUGGCCCCGUCCAUUCUCAACUUCAGAGGACUUCGGCGUCGUUCGAAAGCCAGCUUCAAGACCGACCGCUCAAACACCGACGUUUCUAGCGAUGCCAGCAACAUGACCACGCCCACUGCCACAAGCGGUGCCUCGACCCCACCAUCCAUGGCUCAAGCCUCCGAUUCUGCUCUCGAUCUCCAAGUAAAGGACUCCAGUGGGGGCAAUCCUCAAGCUCGCCCGCCGCUGCAACCUGUGCCCAAUUCCCACCGACACAGCGUCUCUGGCAUGGCAGGCCUCGGUUCUCCUGUUGUGGGCGGGAAGUCGGCGUUGCCAGUAUCCCAAUAUGCGCCCCGAGUUGCAAAUAUCACCGACAAUGCCUGGGUAUACCAAAAGGUUCUACUCGUACACGGGACUAUUGGCGACUCCUCGCAGCACUCUCUCGAUGGCACAGUUUCGGUAACCCGACUCGACGACAACUUUCCACCAACAUGUUGGCCCGCAUGCAACUCCAAUUUCAAGGCCCUCGUCUACCUUCAGCCAGGCCCAAACAAGAUCCGCCUCGACUUCUCAAGUCCAAAGCUACCCAACAGCUCGUCAUCUAAUCCGAUUCACGCAUCUUACUUGACGAUACACAUGUUGCCGGCGAACAAUGCACCUCCUCUGCAGCUCGCUAUCGUGGUUGCCAAGGAUUCUUCCGAGACCUUCGAUGCAGUACCUACAAGGAUCGAGCGAGAGGGCAAUGAUUUGGAAACGGCAGUCCGCAAAUUCCGAAUGGCCGCCUACCUUUGGCAAGCCUUUACAGCUGAGCAAAUGUGGCGAAACAAACUUGGACGUCGUGUCUUCAGAUUUGAGGAGGAAUGGACCGCCGGCACAUCGAACCAGCGGGAUCGAGAGAACGGAACCUUACGCUCCGAGGCCAGGAUCCAUAUCAUCAGAUCAGACAAGACAGUCGCCGAAAUUCGAGAUCUCGAGAUGGCACAACAGAAUGAGAAGGCGAGCAAGAAGGGGGACCUAUACGAAAUAGCUGCCGAGGCGGUGAAACAAUACUUCAGGCCACUAGGUGGUCAGAAGCAGUACGUUUCCGUGUUGAUGCUCGACACGCAAUGGGAUAAGGAGGCCAAUGUUGUAAGGGGCCACGCGGCGCUGGGCGGGAAUGCAGGCGAUCUGCACUUGGCCAUUUUCGGGUCCCAUUGCCUGCAAAGCUAUCCCACGAGUUUCGAAGAAGUCGUUCCUGCAUUUACGGAUUGCACUCCGACUGACCUUACCUAUGUCGCCAACGACUGCAACCAGGCUGGCAGCUCUUGGGAGGCAGCGAACAUCGGAAUUGGUGCCCAUCUGCACGAGACAGGUCACCUUUUUGGAUGUCCUCACCAGGAAUCUGGUGUGAUGCUCCGCGACUACCUGACACUCAAUCGCAGCUUCGUGACCCGCGAGGCAUUUUGCACAAGGACCAAGUCCAAGGGGGGCUUGGUUCUUCAAGACGACGAGUGCGGCUGGCACCGCUUGGAUUGCUUACGUUUCCGCGCCCAUCCCUGCUUCAGGUUGCCAAACGAUCCCCCCAUGAACGCUGACGACAGCGUCCAUGCUUUCCCAGUUGAGAGCGGAAACGUGGUUGUAAUGGCGGCGACUGGAAUUGCAUUCAUCGAGCUAUUCGCGGAGGACGAUGAUCUCUGCCGAAAAUGGAUUGAGUAUCCCCUCGAAAACAAUUCGGUACAACGUCAACUGACUUUGAACGAUCGCGAACUACGCGAGAAGCUGCCAGAGAACAAGCGGAAAGGGCGGCUUAGGGUGUCGGUCAAAUCGCAUGGCGGUGGUUCCUUGGAUAUCGAUGAUUUCAAAAAGCUGUGCUCCAAAGAGUCUUCAUUCAAAUUAACACCUGGUCCGCUCGGCAAGACAGCCUACAGAGGCAAGCCUUUGGGCAACUCAGCCAUGGAUGGGACUGAACCACAGGAAAUCAUUUUCGAGAGCGGCGGAAAACAGAACCGAGUGCUCUCCCGCAUUAUCUUCUACCAUGGAUACGCUGUAGACGGCAUGGAAUUCGUAUACGACGAUGACACAACACAAUUAUUUGGGAAACGGGGAGGCAAAGCGGACAUUCGCCGGGGUGAAUACAUCUCAGGCUUUUACGUCCGCUCGGGUGCCUGGAUUGAUGCAAUCCAGGUUCUCACGAGCUUGGGCAGACGGUCGCCUAUAUUCGGCAAUGCUCAGGGUGGAUCUACACAUACUUUGAUACCCCCGAGAGGAUACACCAUUUGCGGUGUGGCAGGCUCCUGUGGCGCCUGGGUCGACGGGUUUUCGAUCCUCAUUGUUCGAUAA